UCGUGUUCACGAGGCCAUUUGUGGAAGACGUGUCAACCGGCGAAAUGGUUUCCUACAGAAUUGUAUUGUUAUUGGCAUUUUCAGCAGUUUUAUCUGUCGCCAUAGCCGGAAAGAAGACAUUAGUGUUGUUAGAUAGCAUGUCGGUUAGAGAGACUCAUUCUGUCUUCUUUAGGUCACUGGUUGAUAGAGGAUAUGAUCUAAAUUUCAAAUUGGCUGAUGAUUCUAACCUGGCACUCAUCAAAUAUGGAGAGUUUUUCUAUGACAACUUGAUUUUGUUUUCACCAUCAGUUGAAGAGUUUGGAGGCUCGCUGUCGGUUGAAGCCAUCACUAGCUUUAUAGAUGGUGGCGGAAACGUGCUUGUGGCUGCGGACUCUACGGUCGGUGACACGAUGCGCGAGCUGGUAAUGGAGUGUGGUGUAGAACUGGAUGAGGAGAACACGGCUGUCAUCGACCAUCUCAAUUAUGACGCUAGUGACAGCGGAAAGCACACGCGGAUCGUGACAGAACCUGCGAACCUGAUCGACGCACCUACCAUUGUUGGACCAAACACGAAGAACUCGCCUAUUCUAUUUAGCGGCGUUGGGAUGGUUGCGGACAGUGACAAUCCACUCGUGCUGGAGAUUCUGACAGGUUCCUCCACGGCUUACUCAUUCAAUCCCGACGAGCCGGUGAAGGAGUACCCUCACGCAGUUGGCAAGAAUGUACUGUUGAUAGCUGCCUUACAAGCACGUAACAACGCACGAGUCAUCUUCUCUGGCUCCCUGGAUCUAUUCAGCAAUGAUUUCUUUGCAGCCUCCGUCAUCAAUCAGCAGACUGGCAAAAAGACAGACAAAUCUGGCAACCAGGAGUUGGCAACAGCCCUGUCACAGUGGGUUUUUAAUGAGAAGGGUGUGCUAAGAGUUGGUGAGGUGAAACACACAAAGGUUGGCAUGACUGCACCACCCACAGCCUACACAAUCCUUGAAAAUGUGAUUUACACGAUCGAAAUUGACCAGCUUAUUGGAGAUAAGUGGGUGCCUUUCAAGGCAGAAGAUGUUCAACUGGAGUUUGUCAGAAUUGAUCCUUUUGUGAGAACAGCUCUUACUCCCAAAAAUGGAAAAUAUGUUGCACAAUUCAAACUCCCUGACGUCUAUGGCGUGUUCAAGUUUGUGGUGGACUACAAUAGAAUUGGCUACACACAUCUGUAUGCUAGUACACAGGUGUCAGUGCGGCCAUUGGAGCACACUCAGUAUGAAAGGUUUAUACCGUCUGCCUACCCUUACUAUGCAAGUGCCUUCUCAAUGAUGGGCGGCGUUCUUCUGUUUAGUUUAGUAUUCCUUCACCUCCGAGAUGAUCCUAAGGAGAAGGCUGAAUAACUAGUGCUGUUGUAUUAUGAUCAUAGCAGAAUGGGUAUCGUUGAGCAAUAGUCACCAUUUUGUAUAGGUUGGUUUUAUUUACACCUUCAGGACUGCAAACCAUGCAGUAUGUGUUCAAUCCUUAUUAAGUUUCAAAAGUAAACUCGAUUACCUUUUCUCUAAAAUGUCCCCACCUCUGCUUGCUGCUCUUGAAUUGUGGAAAAGCUAGAUAUCUUUUGUUGUAUAGAUAUUUUCAUUGAACUUGCAAAGAA